CACGAGAAGGCAGAGCAGGUGCGCAUGGCAUGUCAUGCGCAACCAAGUGUGUUGAUAAUGCAGGCCGUGCAUUUCACUUUAGAGUAUAGGCCUAUUGCAUGGGGAUUCUUCCGUCAACAACUUUAUAUUCGGACUUUUGGGUGGGAACCAAGGACUUGUUGAAAUCUCCCUUCUCCUGUUGGGAUGGGAAGAAGAAAAUAAACCUAAGGAUGCUUCUCGGAGAAUUUGUAGAAAAGAGGAAACACUGUCCCUUGGAGUUGUCCGCCCAGAAGAUAAAUAAUCCACCAUCGAAUCACGCGUGUUACAAACGUUUCCGGAGAAGAAUUUGUCGGGGUCACGGAAGUGAUGGAGCACCGCUGGCCAGUACUCCGUUAGCCACUGGGCGGUGCUGUUCUCCCUGCUAUGAGUUUGACACAGUCCGUCAAAGGUUGGCCAUGGACUCUCCACCGAGGGAUUCAACAACAGAAACAACACAAGACGUCACAAAUAAAAGUCUGCAAGGUGCAGAGGUGGAAGUUGAAGCUGAUUUGAAGAGUCGUACUGACAAACCACCUAUCCCGCCACCCGUCUUCUCUAUACGAAGCAGGCCCGAAACAAGCAAUGCCACAAGGAAGGGCUGGCUGUGGGCUGUAGCAGAAGAGGGAAACACAAACACUGAUGGAUGGAACCAAAAUGGCGGUACUCCCCUCCAGCCCUUUGCAGUACUGAGUCGAGAGUCUCUUGAGCCACAGAGCAAGGCGGCCAUGAAAUUAGCUGCUCCCUCGCUGCUCAACGACUACUACUCAAACCUCCUGGCCAGUAGCUGCACUGGUUUGAUCGCCCUGGCCCUGGGCUCCGACGUCUAUCUGUGGAACUCAGAAACACAGUCCCUGGAGGGGCACGUGCAUCCAGCACAAGGCCCAGCCCCACACAGCCUGCCUGGGAGGGCCGGUCGGCCGAGGCAGCCCGUCUCCUCUCUCUGCUGGAGUGCAGACGGCAGACUGCUAAGCAUCGGGACCAGGCAGGGGCUGAUAAAGGUUCAGCUGUGGGAUGUAGAGACAAAGAUCACCCUGGGGUGUUUGAGGCCGCAUCUGUCCGGGGUGGGCGCGCUUUCCUGGAAGCAGAACCUUCUCAGCAGUGGGUCUGUUCUGGGACGCAUCCACCACCACGACCCGCGGGUCCCCACUGCCCUGGUGGGCGCGGCGGACCAGCAGGGCGGCGUGUGCAGCCUGCAGUGGUCCCCCGGAGAGGACCGGCUGGCCAGCGGCUCCAAGGACGGCCGUCUCUCCGUCUGGGACGGGGACGUCGCGGCGGCGGCGGCGAGCCAGACGGCCAAGCCGCUGCGACCUCCCCUGGUGACGAUGAAGCAGCCCAGCGCCGUCAAGGCGAUGGGAUGGUGUCCGUGGCAACGGCAUGUGAUUGCUACAGGAGGAGGCUGGCGGGACGGAGAGCUGAGAAUAUGGGACACCCAAUCAGCCUCAUGUGUCAACUCUUACGCAACAAACUCCCAGAUCUGUUCCCUGCUGUGGGCGGAGGAGAAAAGGUCACUGGUGUGUGGUCACGGUCUCCCCCACCACAACAUCAGCUGCUGGGCUGCUGACAAUCCAACCUCCCUGAACAGGAGCCACCAGCUGAAAGGUCACACAGACCGAGUCCUGCACUUGGCCAUGAGUCCAGCCUCUGCUUCCAGGCUUUUCUCUGCCGGAGCAGACGAACGUGUUCACGUCUGGAGCCUGUAGACCACUAGGCACACAGCUCUUCCCCUGAGGGGAGAGCUCACUGUCGAGGAGGCAGACCUCAAACUGCAUGGCACUACUGGGCCUUCUGUUGACACAAGUACUUUAUUAUUGGAGCUGACUUAACGAAACCAUACUUCCAAGCAUCGACUGCAACACUUGAAAGUAUAUCACAUGGAUACAAACUAAUUUGCUAAGGGCAUGCACAAGAUAAAGUGUAUGCCUCCCUGCUUUGGAACACAAGCAGGAAGGCUAAGCUAAGAUAAUCGGUAUCAUGCUGUGGGAGAUGUGGAACCACAUGAACCAGACUGGAACAUGCAAAGUCUGACCAGAAGAACCUCUCUCGGGAGGUCCAAACCAAGAACCCCAUGGUGCGGGCCUUGCAGAGCUCAUUUAUAGUGGAAGGGUUCUUUUUUUUGUGAUACAUUUUUUAUUUUAUGAAUUAUACAACAAACGGAUAGACAUAUAGAAAACAAUUAGGCAUAUGCGCAAAUAAGACAACAUACUACAUUUGACCUAAACAAAAAUAAGACAACAUACACCAAUAAGACAUAAACGCAAAUAAGACAACAUAUGACAUUAAACUCUUACACGUACACAAAUGAGACAACACACAGCAUUCAUCAACACGCACCCCCCCCCCUGACAAAUGGAUGCUAUUUAUUAUCUGUACAUAAACAAUUACGUGUGGUCAUAAGCGAUAAAGCAAUUUAUUUUGUUGUUUUGUAUUUUUUGUAAUGUUCUAAUUAGUCAAAAUAAACUCUGUACUCUCGUACUCGUAAAAUAAUGUGUGUUUGAAGGGUGCUAUAUAAAUCAACCUGCCUUGCUAAAGCUUGUCCUUGUCUUUCAUAGACCAGGAAAUACCAUUUAGAAAAAAAAAAACCUACAUCAUGAUGUUGGUGUGAUAACAAAGGAUGUUUGUGUGUGUGUGUGUGUGUGUGUGUGUGUGUGUGUGUGUGUGUGUGUGUGUGUGUGUGUGUGUGUGUGUGUGCGUGUGGUGUGUGUGUGUGUGUGUGUGUGUGUGUAUAGGUGCGUGUGUUUGUGAGUGUGUGUCUGUGUGUGUCUUAACGAGCCCACUGUUUCUGAUGUGAUUCGUGUUUUAGGAAAGGGGGGUGCGUGUUAUCCCCACGGUUACGACCCACUCCAACUAUAUGAUACUUUUUAGUACCCUUGUUGUGUAACUGUUAUGAGCAUUACAAUAAGCAAUGUUGUAUAACACAUGCCUGUCAGUUGGCGUUUCAAAUUAGGCGAACAACGUCGACUGGGACGCAACUGUGACGCAAAACGUAGAAAAACAGAGAAACUCGACUAGCCAAGCCGCAGGACCCUGAACAAUCCAAAGGCCCCGACUCCGGCUAAAAUGUUACCGUUACUGCGGUAACAGCGAUAAAAUGGCAUAGAAUACUUUCUUUACGAUUAUAUAGGACAAAUAACCACGUGCUGCUGUUAUACAUUUACCUGUGUUGUCUGGGAAAGAGAUAAAGCCAUGAAAGCCUUUUUUUUUUUUGGUAUAGUGUGUUUUUGAUGUUUCUCUGUACAUGUAAAGCACGAAAUGAAAUUUGUGUUCGAAGGGUGCAAUAUGAAUGAACCUGCCUCGCUACAGACUUGUCCUGCCUUAUAUCAUUGCACGUCUUUGUUGACUCUUCGUGUCCGAUUGUGAGUUGAGUGUCCUUGACCAGGAAAUGCCUUUCAGAAAAUAAACAAACAUCCUGCUGUGGGUGUGAUAUUAUUGGAUGUAUUUCUGAAUUAUGCUUAGAUAGCAUCAGAUUCUCGAUGGAUAAGGAUGUCAGAACUUUGGUUGCAUGCUGAGUGCAAAAUUAUACUUUGCUUGCGUGCGUCCAUACAUCACCUCCCCCCACCAAGACGGGAUCGCCACUGCAUAUAACUGUGCAUGUGAUUAGUGGAGGACACACCACAGCUGCCUUAUCUCUGGUUUUAGAAUCUCACGAUUGCAGCGGCACUGCUGUUCAGCCAGUUAACUAACCCAUCUUACCAAGUAACCAACCCAUCUCACCAGGUGAUCAGAUGUGGUCACUGCUGUUCAGCCAGAUAACCAACCCAUCUCACCAGGUGAUCAGAUGUGGUCACUGCUGUUCAGCCAGGUAACCAACCCAUCUCACCAGGUAACCAACCCAUCUCACCAGGUGAUCAGAUGUGGUCACUGCUGUUCAGCCAGGUAACCAACCCAUCUCACCAGGUAACCAACCCAUCUCACCAGGUGAUCAGAUGUGGUCACUGCUGUUCAGCCAGGUAACCAACCCAUCUCACCAGGUAACCAACCCAUCUCACCAGGUGACCAGAUGUGGUCACUGCUGUUCAGCCAGGUAACCAACCCAUCUCACCAGGUAACCAACCCAUCUCACCAGGUGACCAGAUGUGGUCACUGCUGUUCAGCCAGGUAACCAACCCAUCUCACCGGGUAACCAACCCAUCUCACCAGGUGACCAGAUGUGGUCACUGCUGUUCAGCCAGGUAACCAACCCAUCUCACCGGGUAACCAACCCAUCCCACCAGGUGAUCAGAUGUGGUCACUGCUGUUCAGCCAGGUAACCAACCCAUCUCCCCAGGUGACCAGAUGUGGUCACUGCUGUUCAGCCAGGUAACCAACCCAUCUCACCGGGUAACCAACCCAUCCCACCAGGUGAUCAGAUGUGGUCACUGCUGUUCAGCCAGGUAACCAACCCAUCUCCCCAGGUGACCAGAUGUGGUCACUGCUGUUCAGCCAGGUAACCAACCCAUCUCCCCAGGUAACCAGAUGUGGUCAUGCUUAUUGGUUGAUCCCCAUGAAAUGUCAUCAGUUGUGAUAAAGGCCCCUGUCAAAGGUAAUCACCACGGUUAGAACAGCCUAUAGCGGACCACUUGAUUCAAGAUGCUAGCUGGGUGGGGAAAAGGAAUAUUGCCGUUAGAGGAAUAAGGCCAAAUGUUUGCUUUCUAACAACAAAUAUAUGUUUUGAUAAAAUUUGAUCACUCUUUCAAUGUAUCAAAAUCACAAUACAUUCAACUUGAGAUGGACAUAUGUCAUAUUUAUGAUCGUAAUUUAAACUUCAAUAGUUAGAGUUUCAUUCAUUUUUAAAUCAUUUUCAAACAUGACUUUUAUGGUGCAUUUUAAUAAGGGCCAGAGUAGGCUACUUUGUAAUUUGUGUUGUAUUAUGUAGAAAUAUCGACCAAACGAUUGUUCAAUAGAGAGGAGGCCAGGGAUCACCUCUUUUGUACCCUACACCAAAGACCAGGU